CAUGGUUGCACACAACAUCAAGUGCAUAGGACUGUGUACAUAGUAUCUGCAGCAAUGCUAAAUUUCUUCUUAGUUAUUUUGCUUUUCUUAAGACACGUAUCUACCUCGGAUACUAAAGUCUCUCAGAAUGAACACAGACCCAGUGAGAGCUAUUUCAUGUCGAUAUGGCACAACAGGCUGUACCUGUACUCAGCUGCUGCCCUUGUCUUCGGGAUCUGGUUCUCCCUGAAGAUGGCACUGAAGAAGAAAAGCUUCUCCAAGGAUAUUGGCCCCUGGGUCUACAAAGCUGUGAAGAACAAUGACAGCUCUGACAGAGACACUGCAGUUCAUGUGUCAGGAGUUAAAAUCUUCUACGGCUCACAAACUGGAACAGCAAAGGCCUUUGCAAAAGAACUGUCAGAGGAGGUGAAGAACUUGGGGAUACCAGCUGAAGUGACUGACAUGAAAGACUACGAUCCAGAUGAUCAACUUGCUGAUGAGUGCACCAGUAAGUCAGUCUGUGUGUUUCUGGUGGCAACAUACACUGACGGACAACCCACAGAGAACGCUGAGUGGUUCUGUAAGUGGCUGGAAGAGGCAUCCACUGACUUCAGAUAUGGCAAGACCUACCUGAAAGGCCUCAGAUAUGCAGUGUUCGGUCUUGGAAACUCUGUUUAUGUUGGCCACUAUAACACGGUGGGUAAAAAUGUGGACAAGUGGCUUUGGAUGCUGAGUGGCAUGCGAGUCAUGACCAGGGGAGAGGGUGACUGUAAUGUGGUGAAGAGCCGUAACGGCAGCAUCCAGGCAGAUUUCCAGGCCUGGAAGGUCAAGUUCCUCAACCGCCUGCAGGCCCUGGCCAAGGGUGAGAAGAAGAGCUGCAGCGGGAACUGUAAAACUGGAGGCUCUUGUAAGAAUAAGAGGAAAGACGGACACAUGGAGGAGGAGGAGGAGGAGGAAAAGGCAGCUCCACAGAAUCCCAGCCCUGAGGACGCUCUGAUAGAAUCCAGCAGUGAUGAGGAUGAGUCCGGCCUGCAAGAUGAGAAGAAAUCAGGUUCAGUGGUGGACAUGGAGGAUCUGGGCAACAUCAUGAACAGCGCAAAGAAAGCCAAGAGCAAAGAGGAGGGUCGAGGAGACGGCCAGACAGUGAAGCUCUCCAAGUUGAAUGGAGUGAAGAAGAUUGGGGAUGAAGAGGAACGACGAGAGAUGAUCACCCCGGCCCUUAGGGAAGCACUGACGAAGCAAGGGUACAAACUAAUUGGAAGUCAUUCAGGAGUGAAGCUUUGUCGAUGGACCAAGUCUAUGUUGCGUGGGAGAGGAGGCUGUUACAAGCACACUUUCUAUGGUAUUGAGUCCCACCGGUGCAUGGAAACUACCCCCAGCCUCGCCUGUGCCAACAAGUGUGUCUUCUGCUGGAGACAUCACACCAACCCUGUGGGCACGGAGUGGCGCUGGAAGAUGGACCCUGCAGAGAAGAUCCUGCAGGACGCCGUAGAGAAGCACCAGAACAUGAUUCGACAGUUCAGAGGCGUUCCUGGAGUGAAGCCAGAGCGGUAUGAGGAGGGCUUAGCAGUCAAGCACUGUGCCCUGUCCCUGGUGGGUGAGCCAAUCAUGUACCCUGAAAUCAACACCUUCAUCCGCCUCCUCCACUCUCAACAAAUCUCCAGUUUCCUGGUCACCAAUGCACAGUUCCCACAGGAAAUCAGGAGCCUGGUCCCAGUUACCCAGUUGUAUGUGAGUGUGGAUGCGAGCACCAAAGACAGUCUGAAGAAGAUUGACCGGCCACUUUUCAAGGACUUCUGGCCACGCUUCCUGGAUAGCCUCAAGGCCCUGGGAGAGAAGAGACAGAGGACGGUGUACAGACUGACGCUGGUGAAGGCCUGGAACGUGGAGGAGAUGCAGGCCUACUCGGAGCUCAUUGCUUUGGGCCAGCCGGACUUCAUUGAGGUUAAGGGUGUGACAUACUGUGGGGAAAGCUCUGCCAGCAGCCUGACCAUGGCUAACGUCCCCUGGCACCAGGAAGUGGUGGCCUUCGUCCAGCAGCUGGCUGACAUGUUGCCUCAGUAUGAGAUCGCCUGCGAACACGAGCACUCCAACUGUUUGCUCAUCGCACACACCAAGUUCAAGGUGGAUGGUGAGUGGUGGACGUGGAUCGACUACGAGCGUUUCCAGGAGUUGGUCCAGGCUCACGAGGAGAGCGGGGGCCAGCGGAGCUUCUCGGCGUUGGACUACAUGGCCAGGACCCCCAGCUGGGCUCUGUUCGGAGCCUGCGAGCAAGGCUUUGACCCUGCUGACACACGCUUCCAACGGCGCAACAAAACCAAAGACAUCUCAGGAUGCUGAAAGAGAGAGAGAGAGAGAGAAAGAGAGAGAGAGAGGUAGUGUGGACAGAGCGAGUACUGAUAUCUGUAGCAAAAAAUAAAUAGGGUUCAAUGUUAUUAUUCCCAGUCACUUUGAGAGGACAGUUAGACAGCUUUUUACUGCCCUCGUUCUCAUGUGAACUGAAACUCUUUCUCCCUCUUUUCAUUCCUCUUCAAUUUGGAUCUUUAAUUUUACUGGCAUGACCCCCCCGAGAUCAGCCAGAAACUGACAGAAUCAAUUCUUUCACACUUCUUUUCUAGACAUUCCCCUUCACAUCCACUUUAAGUGCUUUUUUUUUUUUGCUUCGUAUAUAUUCAUAGAUCUUUUAUAUUUCCCUCUUUUUUUUGUCUUUGAAAGGGUCAUUAUUAUAAACGUCUUUGGCUUUGAUCUUUAUAAUCAUCUGGCAGCACUCGGGAAGGUUUUACACUGUUGGAGUUGAACCUGGCAGCGGUUUCAUCACAAGCCUCAUUUCUAACGUUUCUUUAUAACGCAGGUUCCAGUGAGGCAGCACAGGACAUGAUUAGCAUGUGAGGAACAGCUCCUUUCCUCCUCCUCACGUCCUCCGUGGGAGUUACACAUCUUUCCCAGACACCUUUUGCUCUUCCACCCACUCACUAGGACGGUGGCUGUGUUUACUUGGCAGUGAGAGAAGAGCAUCAAGGCUGGGAGAGUCUCUUCACAGCACACGCUUCUUAUUGCUCUCCUGGUGUUUUGGGGUUUUUUUUUCCCAGUACAAAUGUUGCACUUUUACGCCAGAGUAGUCUCAGCUUUGCCUGGAGAGUAGAACAUAUUGCAGGUUUGACAGAUAGUUCCACUAUUCUGAUGUAGAUUAGUUCAAAGUGGGCAAAAUAAAUAAAAAAAUUAAAGCUUCUUUGAUUACUUUUAUUAGGAAAAUAUUACAUUUUUGACCAUUUGAGCUUCACUAGGGACAGGUGACAUAGUCUCAGUAGGUCUAAUACAGUAAAGUAGGUAAGGACAUGCCUGUUUUGUGUUGCAGUCAAAAUUCAUAUCACACGUCAAUAUUUCUCCCGGCUCUUAGUUAAAUAAACACGACACUAGGCACAAAGAUACACACACUGUUCACUUACAAACCAUUUAAAAAGUCAAUAUUUAUCCUGUCUGAUCCACACUCACACAUCAUCCAGGUUAAGACAUGAGCACUGUAAUUGGUGAUGUACCGGAGCUUCACAUUGGUCUGAGAACUCGCCACAAUUCUUCCCCCAAGUCCGGCGUGUCAGAGAAAAAGCCUCGACUAAUGUUUUAGUAAAUCCAGAUGUAUAAAAUGAAGUCCAUUUCAAUUUGUUGUAUUUGAAUGUAAAUCCAGAUGUGAACGUUUAAUUUAGAUUUGUUUUUGUCAGGUCUUUAAUGUUGCAGUGCCUCCCUGCUGGCACACAGCAGGUGUGUGGAUAGAUCACUGUAAUAAAUGUGUUUGGAAUAA